AGCUGAACUGGGGACUUGAAUUUUUCCAGUUACAGCAGGAACACUAUCCUCUUCCAUUUCAUUUCUCCCUUCCCAUUUCUCCCCCCUGCGACAUUCCGUCACAGUUCACACUUCUGCCCGCCCCACAGACAAAUUGGAUCUACGAACACACCUUAACAUGAAGCACAAUCCAACCCAUCAACGUCCGUCCGAGCUUUUCUGGCCGCGCGUGGUGGUGCGCAAGUGGCUCAACAUCACCGCCAAAGGUUCCGACUUUAGCGCCGAUGCCGAUGCCGAUUCAGAUUGCGACUCCGAUUCCGAUCAAGAUGCCUGUAAGUGGCCACCGGAGUCGCGGUUGAAGGAUGCCGGAGGAGGUGAAGCCGAAAGGGGUGCAAAUGAAGCUGUUCUCAGGAUAAGAAGACGAAAGUCUGAGACACUUAGGGCGCAAUAUAUAAAUACAAAAGAAAUUAGAGUAUGCGCUGGCACAUGGAAUGUAGGCGGAGAAUAUCCUCCUGAUGAUCUAGAUCUUGAUGAUUGGUUAGAUGUUGACAAGCCAGCUGAUAUUUAUGUGCUUGGAUUUCAGGAAAUCGUUCCUUUAAAUGCUGGUAAUAUAUUUUGCAUUGAAGAUAGCCGCCCUAUUCCAAAAUGGGAGAACAUCAUUCGAGAAACUCUCAAUAAAAUCCCACCCGUGAAUAAGUUCAAGUCACAUAGUGACCCUCCUUCUCCGUCGAGGUUUAAGCCAUCUGAAAGUUUUUAUGAUAUUGAAGAGGAAAUUACACCAGAGUUCGAUAGUGACGAUGAUGAGGAAUUCGUUGCUUCAAAUGAAGAAUGUGAUGAAUCUGUUGAAGCCAGUGACUUAAAUUUGUCAGGAAAUGAUGCAAUUGUCCGUGCCGUUGUAUCUGCAUCCGGUGAUAGUCAUGAGCUGACAGAGCCGGUCACAGCGGGGGUUGAGAGGCCACUUCCUUCCUCAAAGAGAUUGGAGAGGUUGAAUUGCUUCAGACCUGACGAAUCUGAUGAAAACUUAGAAGAAAGUUCAAUUCAUUAUGACAAGAAAUUAACUAAAACUCUCACGGGAGUACAGAAGAUUAGCCUGAGUUGGCCAGAGCCUCCACUAUAUUAUCUUCAUCAGCGUGUUUUAGAAAUUCCUGCUUCCAUCUCAGUUGGAACAUACAGUUCUCUCUUAUCAACCUCACAUGGUCAUAAUAGACAGCCUCCUGAUGUGGCUUUGCUUGCAAAACUGGACCUUGAAUCUUUAAUAAAGUGUAAAAGAUCACCAUAUGUGAGGAUAAUAAGCAAGCAAUUAGUUGGCAUUUUCUUAACUAUAUGGGUCCGUAGGAGUUUGCGGAAACAUAUACAGAAUCUGAACGUUUCAACAGUUGGUGUAGGCGUAAUGGGCUUCAUAGGUAACAAGGGAUCAAUAUCAGUUAGCAUGUCUGUGUACCAGACUCUCUUCUGUUUCGUUUGUACCCACUUAACAUCAGGUGACAAAGAUGUGGAUGCAGUCAAAAGAAAUGCCAAUGUGCAUGAAAUUCAUCGAAGGACACAUUUCAAUACAGAACCCGGUGGUGGCCUUGCUAAAUGUAUAAAUGAUCAUGAGAGAAUAAUCUGGAUGGGGGAUUUAAAUUAUCGUAUCAACUUAUCAUAUGAAGAAACACUGGAGCUAAUAUCCAAAAAAGACUGGCCUAAGUUAAUUGAGAGUGAUCAGCUGACCAGAGAGUUUAGGAAAGGGCGAGCCUUUGACGGAUGGUCCGAAGGCAUUCUGAAAUUUCCACCUACAUAUAAGUACGAAAGAGACUCAGACAAGUACCAUGGGGAGGAUCCAAGAGCCGUGAGGCGUACCCCAGCAUGGUGUGACCGGAUACUUUCGUUAGGGAAGGGAAUGCGGUUGCUGAGAUACAGGAGAUGUGAACUUAGACUUUCUGACCACAGGCCGGUGACAGCUACUUAUAUGGUAGAGGUUGAGGUAUUCUCGGCCAGGAAGCUGCAGCGAGCCCUCACUUACACUGAUGCAGAGAUUGAGAACGAGGAAGUCGUCACGCAUUCUUUCCAUUUGACAGAAUGAUCCUGAGACCCAAUUGAUGUCAAACACACACAGACAGACACUGAUGGUUUGAUCCUUUAUGGUAUAGGUUAGCACUGCGUUUCGUCUUAUGGUAUAGGUUCUCUUUGCUGUAAAUUAUUGUUAUAUGUUCUAAGCUUGAUCCCAAUAUAUAAUCCAAGUUUUAUGAAAGGGCAGUUAUUAAGUGUUGCAUGGAUUAUCCCUUAUUUGGUAAAGUGUGUCUCACACAAAUAUUAUUUUAGUAAAAUUAAUAGUUGUGUUUAUA